AUGGUGUGUCGUUCCUCUGUUCGCAAAAAUAAUCUGACGACGAGAAUCGAGGAGGAAGGUUUCAGGGCUGUAAUCCCUUGUGAACGCUGCGUCCGUCUCAAACGAGUGUGUUUCCGUGCGGAGUGUUCCGACAAGUGUCUUGGUUGUAUCGCUGGUGGUGGUCGGGCGAAGUGCGUGAUGUCGAAGCCGACAUAUUCUGACGCCGAAUGGCGUAAACUGGUCAAAAUGCAGCAAGAGAUUGCUGCUCAACGAAAAGAAAGCGUUAGCUCAAGUUAUGCGCCUUGA